CCAAUGAGUGAGAAAAAAGUAUAUGUCUAGGUUCUCUUCAUGUAAUCAGAAUAGGCCCCAGAAAUCAGAAUUCACCCUUAUUUAUUUUAAUUUAUUUUGUUAGUGUUUUUUACUUCAUUAUCAUUAAAAAGUUCAUUUCUUUUUUCAUUUUCUACCAAUUUUAAGCCAAAAAAAUUGAAUCUUGAUCAAGAUUGAUCUGUGUAGAUAUAUUUUUAUAUAUAAUAUUGUACUACUAAUAUAUAUCAUAUAUGUAUAUGUAUAGAUAAUAAUUGUUCAAAAAAAGGCUGUUGAAUCACAAGAAGCUUGCAGACUAUUGUCUUUUAUUAUUUUUCUUCUUCUAUAGAUUUUCUUGGUGAUUGAUUGAUGGAAUAAAUGAAAGUUUGUUGGUUUAAUGAGCUUGAUAUUGGUCUUUUUUGAAGUGGGUUCUUGUUUGUUCAGGGUUUUAGGGUCAAGAAACUUGACCCAAUAAGCUUCUGAAGCUGCUUGUUUUGAUCAAGAAAGAAGGUCUGUUUCUUGAAAUUAUUAGUUUUUUUUUCAAGAUUAUGUAUUGUUUUCUUUUGUGAUUCAUGUUUCUUGAAAAUCUUGGUGGUUUCUUGAAAUGAGAGGUUGCUAGAUCUAAAGAUUCAUACCUUCUGUUCUGGGUCUCAUCCUUUUGGGUUUUGAUAUUAGGGUUCUUGAUAAUCUUGAUGAGUUCUUGAUAAUCUUGAAUCUUAAAUCUUGAAUCUUGAUGAGUUCUUGAAGUGGGGUUUUGCUAGAUUUAAAGAUUAUUGGGUUUCUUUGAUGUUAUCUUCAUCUGGGUUCAAUCUUUUUUGGGUUUAGAGCUUAGGGUUCUUGAAAAUCAUGAAUCUUGAUGGUUUCUAGAAAUGGGGUUUUGCUAGAUUUCAAGAUUAUUGGGCUUCUUUGAUGUUAUCUUCAACUGGGUUCAAUCUUUUUUGGGUUUAGAAUUUAGGGUUCUUGAAAAUCUUGAAUCUUGAUGAUUUCUUGAAAUGGGGUUUUGCUAGAUUCAAAGAUUAUUGGGUUUCUUUGAUGUUAUCUUCCACUGGGUUCAAUCUUUUUUGGGUUUAGAUUUUAGGGUUCCUAAAGGGUUUCAUUUUCCCCCUUUCUGGGUUCCAAAAUGUUGAAAAUAUUGAAAAUAUUGGUGCUUGGAUUGUUGGUUGCUUCGGUUGUCACUGUAUCGUUAGCGAACGGCGAUGAAUUUGCUCACUGUCACUGUGACGACGAAGACAACGCACACAUCAUCGAAAGCCAGCGAGUAAGUGAUUUCCUAAUAGCGAUCGCUUAUUUCUCAAUCCCACUCGAAUUACUCUACUUUUUAAGUUGUUCAGAUGUGCCAUUCAAAUGGGUUGUUGUUGAAUUCAUCUUGUUUAUAGUCCUUUGCGGGAUGACCCAUUUGAUCAACGGUUGGGGAUAUUACGGCAAUCAAACAUUCCAAUUAAUGAUGGCGUUAACGGUUUUUAAAUUGUUAACGGCUCUUGUUUCGUGCGCCACUGCGAUCACCCUUUUGACUUUGAUCCCAUUGCUGCUUAAAUUCAAAGUUCGCGAACUUUUCUUGAAACAAAACGUGUUGGAGCUCGAUCAAGAAGUUGGAAUUAUGAAAAAACAAAAAGAAGCCGGUUGGCAUGUGCGUAUGCUUACACAUGAAAUCAGAAAAUCGUUGGAUCGACAUACUAUUUUAUACACCACUUUAGUCGAGCUUUCGAAUACGUUAGCUCUUCAAAACUGUGCGGUUUGGAUGCUAAAUGAAGAAAAAACCGUAAUGAAUUUAACUCAUGAAUUAAGACCAAAUUCCUCAGCUUACCAUUCUUCGAUCCCCAAAAACGACCCUGAUGUAUUAGAGAUAACACAGAAGAAAGGUGUGACGAUUUUGAGGGCGGAUUCGGUACUUUCGGUUCAAAGUAGAGGCGGGUUAUCGGAAUCGGGCCCCGUGGCUGCGAUCCGUAUGCCGAUUCUUCACGUUUCCAAUUUUAAAGGCGGGACUCCUGAGUUUGUCGACACGUGUUACGCAAUAUUAGUUCUGGUUCUUCCAAACGAAGGUGAACGAAACUGGAGCAUUGACGAACUGCAAAUCGUGGAGGUGGUGGCCGACCAAGUGACUGUCGCACUAUCGCACGCUGCGGUUCUCGAAGAAUCACAAUCAAUGCGUGAAAAACUAGUCGAACAAAACCGUGUUUUACAGCAAGCUAAAGAAAACGCCAUGAUGGCGAGUCAAGCCCGCAACUCGUUUCAAAAAGUUAUGAGUCACGGAAUGAGACGACCCAUGCAUUCGAUAAUGGGCCUUCUUUCGAUCCUCCAAGACGAAAAAAAGAGCCCAAAUCAAACCAAUAUCAUCGACACGUUGUCUAAAACAAGCAGCGUUUUAUCGACUCUAAUAAACGACGUAAUGGAGAUAUCUGCUAAAGAUACGGGCCGGUUACCGUUGGAAAUACGACCGUUUCAGUUACACUCAAUGGUUAAAGAAGCUUGUUGCUUGGUUAAAUGUUUAUGUAUCAAUCAAGGGUUCGGGUUUGCGAUGGAGGUUCCGAGUUCGCUUCCGAAUUUGGUUAUGGGCGAUGAAAUGAGAACGGUUCAGGUUUUGUUACAUAUGGUUGGUAAUUUACUUGAUGUUAGUGAAGAAGGGCGGUUGGUUACGUUUCGCGUUAGUUUGGAGAACGGAAAUGAUAAUAAAGGGUGGGGAACGGGUCGACCUGUGGGUGACGAGUUUGUGAAUGUGAAGUUUGAUAUAGGGACCGGUGAUGUCGGUUUUCAAUCGGAAGUAGCGGUUUUGAGUAUGAAUUCGGGAGUUAAACGGCAAAAGGCGAACCGAGUUAAAGACAGCUUGAGCUUCACUAUGUGUAAAAAACUAGUACAGAUGAUGCAAGGAAAAAUAUGGAUGUUGACAAAUUCGCAAGGCUACAUACAAAGCACAAGUCUAGUACUCAGAUUUCAAAUUCAACAAACAUUCAGCAGACCGAUGUUUGACCUCGGAAACUUCGUUGACCAACCAAAGUCAAACUCGAUCUUCAGGGGCCUUCAAGUAAUUUUAGCAGAUGACGACAAUGUAAACCGAAUGGUCACCAAAAAGCUCCUUGAAAAAAUCGGCUGCGUAGUCACCACAGUGUCAUCCGGUUUCGAGUGCUUGAGCUCACUCGGGCCUACAAUGAGCCCGUUUCACGUCGUGAUUUUGGAUCUCCACAUGCCUGAGAUGGACGGCUUCGAAGUUGCCACGCGGAUUCGUAAGUUUCGUAGCCGUAAUCGGCCCUUGAUUAUUGCGUUGACUGCGAGCGCCGAAGAACAAGUGUGGGAGCGAUGUUUGCAAGUGGGGAUGAACGGGGUGAUCAGGAAACCGGUUCUGUUGCGGGGCUUGGAAAAUGAGCUUCGAACGGUUUUACAACGAGCUGGUGAACGGUUAUCGGGCUAGUAGAUAUAGGAAAAUUAACAUUUGUUUUGGUUUCUUAUACUACCUCCUUGAUGCAAAAUCCAUUAUAAAAAUUUCAAACUAUAUAGUAAUCUGAAUACAUAGAUUUAUUUUAGCUUC